AUGGCUAACCUACGCCAAAGCUCCUGAAACCCACAGGGUAUCGGUAUCCAUCGCGUUAAUCGCCUUUCAGUCCCUCCCUCCUCCGAGUCCCCCGGGUCUAUCCCACAUCUCACUCUAUCCUCAACCGCCAUGAAGCUGCUGUCGCACGGCUGCACGUAACGCACGCUCUUAUCUCCGCACCGUCUUGACACACGGUGCAGCGACUCCGGUCGCAUUUCGUUCACCUCCCCGCCGGGAUGCCUCGAUACGGCUGAAGUCUGCUCUUUCGUCAUAGUUUCAGCAUCUCUUUCUGUCAUCGCUCCCCUGUGAUAUUUCAUCAUCACAUCCGUCAGUCGGCCUUCUCCGUCUUGAUCGCUCCCACCCCGCUCCCAUUCCCCAAGUCAGACUCCUUCACGAUGGGGAACGCAAAGCUACACCGCGCCCGACUGCUGUCGAGCGUGGCCGCCGUCAUGAUUUCUUUGGCGUGCGGCACCAAUUACGUCUACUCGGCCUGGGCGCCCCAGUUCGCCGAUAAGCUGCACCUCACCACUACCCAGAUCAACCUGAUCGGCCUUUCCGGCAACAUGGGCAUGUACUCCAUGGGCGUCCCCGUCGGCCUCUUCGUCGACCACCGCGGCCCCCGCCCGGCCGUUCUGGCCGGCGCCCUGUGUCUCGGUAUCGGCUACGUCCCCUUCCGGACCGCCUUCGAGACCGCAUCCGGCUCCGUGCCCGCCCUGUGCUUCUUCGCCUUCCUCACCGGCCUGGGAGGCUGCAUGGCCUUUGCCGCCGCCGUCAAGACGUCCGCCCUGAACUGGCCACAUCACCGGGGCACCGCAACCGCCUUCCCUCUGGCCGCCUUCGGCCUGAGCGCCUUCUUCUUCUCCCUCUGCGGCGCCGUCUUCUUCCCUGGUGACACGGGCGCCUUCCUUACCCUGCUCGCUGCCGGCACCUUCGCCCUGAUCUUCACCGGCUUUUUCUUCCUCAAGGUUUAUCCACACACGUCCUACCAGAGCCUCCCGACCACUUCGGGCCUGUCCGGCUCGCAGCACCUGCACCGCACGCUCUCCGAGGAGGCCAAAACCACAAGACUGCACCGCCACGGGCGACACUCCUUGGAUGCAGAACCUGGUACGUCGCCCAAUACCACCACCACCACCUACACGACUCCCGCCGCGACGGCCGGUCCCUCCCGGGAGCCCCUCCUCAACCCCGCCCACGAUUCGGCUGAUGUCGAGGCCGCUCUCCCUCCCUCCCCUGACGGUCGAUCCCACGACGCGGACGCCGACGAGGCCUCGUCCCUCAUGUCCAAGUCGACGGCGUCCUCGGUGGCCGGCGAAGUCUAUGUCCAGAACAGUGUUGAUAUGGAUCGUUCCCAUCGUGUAGAUAUCCGUGGUUGGCGUCUGUUGCGCAAUCUCGACUUCUGGCAACUCUUUUCCAUCAUGGGUAUCCUUGCCGGCAUCGGAUUGAUGACCAUCAACAACAUCGGCCACGACGUACAAGCGCUCUGGAAGCUCUACGAUGACUCGGUCGAUGAGGCCUUUCUCGUUCACCGGCAGCAGAUGCAUGUCUCUAUCUUGUCGGUCGGCAGUUUCUGUGGUAGACUCUUGAGUGGUGUCGGGUCCGACUUUCUCGUCAAAAGACUGCACGCCAACCGCGCCUGGUGCUUGGUCCUCGCCUGCUUUGUCUUUUGCAUCGCCCAGCUCUGUGCCCUCAACGUUACGAACCCCCAUUUCCUUGGCUUCGUCUCCGGCCUGUCGGGACUCGGCUACGGCUUCCUCUUUGGCGUGUUCCCCUCCAUCGUGGCCGAGUCGUUUGGCAUCCACGGCCUAAGCCAGAACUGGGGCUUCAUGACCCUCAGUCCCGUCAUCUCCGGCAAUAUUUUCAACCUGUUCUACGGCGUCGUUUUCGACAGCCACAGCGUUGUGGGACCAGACGGCGAGCGGUACUGCCCAGAUGGCCUGGACUGCUAUAAGAAUGCGUAUUAUGUCACCUUAACCGCCUGCGGCGUCGGCAUCGUCAUCACGCUCUUGACGAUUCGCCGCCAGUACCGCGAACGGUUGAGGGAGGAGGGAAAGGGAGCGGCUGAGGAUUAAUAAGAGGCACGCGAUGUCUCAAAAGAAAGAGACUGCGAAUCUUUGGCGGGGAUGAGAACGCUUUUCCCGAGUUCUUUUAGACAGGUAAAUAAGGACGCUUGACUAUUUUGUUGUUAAUAAUAGCAUCGGCCUAUAGGGGAAUAAGGGGAAUAGACGGAGGGCUAGCAGGGCCGCGGCGUUUGGGGCAAGGGUAGGCUCACUUAAGCAAUGCUGCGAGAGACGAGCGGCCGAACUCGGAGAGUUUGCGUUGCGGCAA